GGUACUGCCUGUGUGUUAGAGCACAUGGUGUCUGAACUGCAGUGCCGACUCCACAUCGCUGACUGCGCAGGAAUAUUUAGAUAUUUAAUGACUUUCUGUCUCUGAGCUACACAUUUUGAAGAGCAGAAUGUCGCAGCUUCAGGCGAGGUUCUUCACCGAAAACAAAAAAUACGCUAUAGAUGACGUUCCUUUCUCCAUCCCUGCUGCCUCUGAAGUGACAGACUUGAGCAAUGUCAUCAACAAGCUUCUGGAAGCCAAGAUCGCGGAUCACAAACAUGUGGAGUUUGACUUUCUGGUCCGAGGACAGUUCCUGCGCUCCUCUUUGGCCGGUCACAUGGAGACGGAAAACAUCUCAACAGAAGAAGUUGUGGAGAUUGAGUAUGUGCAGAAGUUCACAGCUCCUCAGCCAGAGGAAUGCAUAAUGCACGACGACUGGAUCAGCUCAGUGGAGGCAGACUCAGAAUGGAUCCUCACAGGGUCAUAUGAUAAGACAGCACGGAUCUGGUCACUGGAAGGGAAGGCGGUGAUGACUGUGGCUGGACACACAGAUGUUGUAAAGGAUGUUGCCUGGGUGAAGAGAGAUGGUCUGAGCUCACUGCUGCUGACCGCUUCGCUUGACCAGACUGUGCUUCUGUGGGAGUGGAACUCAGAGCAGAACAAAGUGAAGGCCCGUCACUGCUGCCGUGGGCACGCAGGGAGUGUAGACGCCAUCGCUGUCGACCCCACACACACUAAGUUUUGCAGUGGCUCUUGGGAUAAAAUGCUGAAGAUCUGGUCAGCAGUGCCCACAGAGGAGGAGGAUGAAGUGGAGGAACCCAACAGGCCGCGGAAAAAGCAGAAGACUGAACAGCUGGGACUGACACGCACUCCUCUGAUGACUCUGUCUGGCCAUAACGAGGCUGUGUCCACUGUGCUCUGGACGGAUGCGGAGGAGCUGUGCAGUGCAUCAUGGGACCACACCAUUCGGCUGUGGGAUGCUGAGACAGGGGGGCAGAAGAGCAUGCUGACUGGCAGUAAGGUGUUUAACUGUAUCUCCUACUCACCACUAUGUCGCCGUCUGGCUUCAGGAAGCACAGACAGACAUGUGCGCCUGUGGGACCCUCGCUCUAAAGACGGCUCUCUGGUUCUGCUGUCCAUGACGUCUCACACUGGCUGGGUGACGGCGGUCAGGUGGUCUCCCUGUCAUGAGCAUCAGUUGGUCUCAGGCUCAUUUGACAACAUGGUGAAGCUCUGGGACAUCAGAAGCUGUAAGGCUCCUCUUUAUGAUCUGGCGGCUCAUGAGGACAAAGUGCUGUGUGCUGAUUGGACAGACAGUGGGCUGAUUCUUAGUGGAGGGGCAGACAACAAGCUGUACACCUACAGAUACUCAGCCUGUGUGUCUGAUGCUGGGGCAUGAACUCACUCCCACAUUCCAAACACAGAACUGGACACAUCUGCCCACCCUGGACACCAGCUGUGUCGCUGAAGAGCCAAUCUCAACUUACUGUGGAAGUACAUGUAACACGGCCAAGACCUUGCAUCCACAAAUCAGGACUGAAUAAAGAGAAUUAUGAUCUAAUGGAUUAACACAGUUUACUUUUAUUAUUUUAUAUUUUUGAUAGUCACUGUGUGGUCCAUGUCUGGAGUUUUGUCCUUUGGCGUCCCUCUUUUACACCUUUGUACUGUUUUUGUAUUCAAAUGUAAUGUAAGAAAGACAUCAGCAGGUUAAUACAUGGUUAUGUUGUCUCCUAAUAAUGUCAUUCACUGGCCGUUAUGGUAAUUGUCCAUUGGAAAGCUCUAUAGUCACUGUUUAUACAUUUAAAAAAAAUAUAUACAUUUAAAUACAGAAAAUAUCUGUAUAGGAAAAAUAGUUUUCAGUGAUAUUUAACAUUUCUUCUAUACUUUCUCUUUGUGAAAAUGGUUAAAUCUUCAGUUUAACAAAACUGGAAUUUGACGUUUGUGCCUGAGCUCUACUCAAUAAAGGUGUUUUAUCUGAAGCCCUA